ACACUAAUUAUUUUCCACGGAUUGAAGUCAGGGAAGGUCACAUGUCUGACCCAUGCUUUGUGGGUUGCUGAAUACCAACAGAAAGAUUGGAUCUUUUCUUCUAUCCCAACCAAACAGCUUCCUCAACCAGGCCGGAACUACUGGGCUGAAAAAACAUCGCUAGCUUCCACAUGACCGGAAAAAUGGAACACGCCUACAAAGUACAAUCAUAAUUACAGUGCGAAGACAGCACUCGGUAGUUUGUUCCGAAGGGUAAAAGACCUUACUCUUGCUAGCGGAACAAAAUCCAAUACCCAUCCGAGGAAACGACAGAGACUAAAUGGAAAACAGUGCACAGAGGAGAUUGGAACGUGUUUCUGGGCACCUGUUGUCUCCGAUUGAAGUCAAUAAUGGUCUUUCCCAGGUUUUAAUAAAAGGUGGGCAUGGAAAACAUGAGGAGGAAGGAGACCCAGUAGUUAUAGGAGGCAUGGUAUUGGAUAUACAUGCCACCCCUUCACUCCCUUUAAAUCCUAGAACCACCACUCCUGGGAAGGUCCAUUAUGUACUAGGGGGUGUAGCAAGGAAUAUUGCUGAGUGUAUGUCAAAGCUAGGAACUAAGCCUUAUAUGAUUAGUGCCCUGGGAAAUGACAUGGCAGGCAAGCUGCUGUUGGAGCCUUGGAAUUCUGCGAGCCUAUCUACAGAAGGCAUUAUGAAGCACCAAGAUAUCAAGACUCCUGUCAUAUGCAACAUAUUUGACACUGAAGGAGAGUUGGCAGCUGCUGUUGCUAGUGUGGAAGCAGUUGAAAAAUUCCUAACUUCUUCGUGGAUUCAGCAAUCAAAGAAAAAUAUAUUUUCUGCUCCUGUCAUGAUGGUUGAUGCAAAUCUAAGUCUACCAGCUUUAGAAGCUUCUUGCCAAUUGGCAGCAGAAUCCAACACCCCAGUUUGGUUUGAGCCUGUUUCAGUGGCUAAAUCUAGAAGAAUUGUCUCAGUUGCUAAGUAUGUAACUUUUGCUUCACCUAAUGAAGAUGAGCUUAUCGCCAUGGCGAAUGCUUUAUCUCAUGAAAAUAUGUUUCGUCACAUUGAAAGGGAUUCCAACAGUAGGUGUUCAGUCGAGUCUUUGUUCCAAUUUUUGAAACCGGCAAUCCUGGUUUUGCUAGAGAAGGGUAUCAAGAUAGUUGCCGUGACCCUUGGUGCAGAUGGCGUGUUCUUAUGUUCUAGAGGACCAAACGUAGUGAGAUUUAGUUUGGAUAGAACCAAAAAAUAUGGAUUCAGUGGACAGUUAUAUGAUAAAGUGGUGUCCAGCUGUCCUUCAAGUAGAUUUUCUGGUGCUCUGCAGAUUGAGAUAAGCUCUCAUCUUUUUUCUGUACAUUUUCCUGCACUUCCUGCAUCAGUUGUGAGGCUUACGGGGGCUGGUGACUGCUUGGUUGGUGGUACACUUGCUUCUCUCUGUUCAGGUUUAGAUAUUAUGCAGAGCAUUGCAGUCGGUAUAGCAGCAGCCAAAUCUGCUGUGGAGGGAGAGGCGAAUGUGCCUUCAGAAUUUAGUUUGGCCACUAUUACAGACGAUGCAAGGUCCAUAUAUUCUGCUGCCAAAAUUCCGUUUCAUCAAUCAAUGCUUUAAUCCAUGUCCUAUGUCUUUCGUGAGAAGAAGGCUCAUCAAGAUGUCAUCGGAUCACAUUACUUUGCCUCCUUUUCUGCGGUGCUUAUCUUGGCAGGGUUGGAAUGGCCUUUAAAGCUAGCGAUUUCGAUUCCAAAAGCAGUGAACCACUCAGAUUUUUGUAAAUCAAACUGGAAUUGAAGCUUCAGCAUGCCCUACACAGUAAGGGCACCUUUCUAAGAAUGAUGUCAAUCUCUCUUCUGCCAAUUGUAUUCAUGUUUUGAGUUGUUGUCAGUUCUUGCUUGAUUUGUAUGAAGGGAACCACAUUGUUUGUCCAACCUUGCAUGGACAUCAACUCUUUGUAAUGCCAAAGGGAAACGUUUCUGUUUUCUUUUCAUGCUGGUUAUGAAGUUGGAAAUCUAAUGAAAAAACCACCCUUUCCUGCUCGGA